AAUCCCGCUAAAGAUAUGUGUAGAGGGGAAAAUCGGAGUAGAGGGGAAAAGUCGUCAGCGAUUUCUCGCUGCGGGAAUUUGAAUUUGCGCACCUUAUUCAGUCAGUUUGCCACCAUUGUUGUAUCGGAAUUGCGAUCUCUUUUGUGUGUUUGUAAAAUAACGAAAUAAUGGCGAAUUUGCAAAGAGCCUUUAACGAGAACACUGUAGUACAUACACCACUAGAUUAUAUCACUAAAGAUGGAAAAAGCGAGGAGUUCGAACAAUUACUUGCAUCGUUUACAAAUCUAUUUUUGUUUAUGGCUGAUAUGUUAAGAAAGUUUGAAAAAGCCGUUGAAAGAAUAACAAUACAAAUUUUCACCUUAAAACUACAACUGGCUGAGAAAAUUGAAAAUUACAACAAAGCACAAAGAAUUAUUAAAGAGUCAGUCGCAAACGCAAACGUCGUGGAUCUUACAAAAUUGGAAUUACCGGAUGAAGUUUCUGCUAGAGAGACGCGUAAAGGUUUGUUUUUAUGUAUCGAUAAUAUUUUGGGAAAGUUAUAUGAAACGUUUGAAACAGAGAUCGACAAAUUGAAACAUAAAAUUUUAAUCUCAAAACAACAACUGGCUAAUGAAACUGAAGACUGCAAAACAUGGAUAAAAAAAAUUAGAAAAUUAUACGCAAGCCUCGCAAAACUAAUUAAAAAACUUAUACCGAAUGUAGAUUUUGCUGGAGAGACGGGUAAAGAAAAUUCUUUAUUUGCCAAAGUCGAACGUCUGCAAGAACUUCAAAAAAAGUGGACAGAUGACAUAAAAAUAUAUUAUCAAAUAAAAAGACAAUGGCGAUAUAAAGUAAAAUCUCUAGAGACAAAAAUUCAAAAUCUUUUAGAAGCGAGAUUGGAAUAAGACAAAUAAUAAUAAAAAUUGGCGCUACAGAAGUAGAGAACAAAAUUUCACCGAGAACAAAAUUUCUGAAAUAAAUUAUAAUCUUCGAAAACGGAAAAAGGUGUUAAAAAUUAUAAGUGUUGAGAAGAUUUUUUAAAUAACAUUAAAUGAAAUUAUUUAAGUGAAGACAUCACUAUAAACAGUCGAUAAAUGUAUUUUUUAAAAGUAUAAUUUAAAAUAAAAUGCGCAUUAUUUUUUAUCUUUCUAAAA